AUGAGUCGCGCCGGCAAGAUUGCCCCCGAGCAGCUCCCAAUUUUGUUCGUGAAGAAUCUAAACUACGAAGUAUCCUCUGACGCGCUUUGGAAACUCUUUGAUCCCGGUGAGGACGGACUCAUUCGUCAAAUUCGACAGGGUAUUUCAGUCGAAGCAAAGGGAACCGCCUAUGUUGUCUUCUGGAACGUCAUGGAUGCGAAGAACGCUCUCGAGAAGCUAAAUGGCUACAACUUUCAGAACCGAUAUCUCGUCGUUCUAUGGCAUCAACCAGAGAAGACCCUCAAGUCAAAAGACGACCUGCAGGCUCGCAAGGAUAAUUUAGCGCAGCUCAAGAUGAAGCAUGGAAUCGAUUGA